UCACCCACCCGUGUCCCAAAGGCAGCGGUGCUCAGCACGCCUCGCCGGCGGGCGCUCAAACACAACAAAAGCUGCCGGGCAAACGAGCCCAACCUGUUUGCCACGGGGCUGCGGCCGCUGCAGGAAUGUGGGCGGAUGGUGACCGCAGGCGGCUCCCUGGGGACGCGGAGCCGCAGCAGCUCCCGCACUCCUGCCCUCGGCACCCCGGCGCCCGCACCAUGCUCCCGCUGCUGCUCCUGCUCCUGCCCGCCGCACACGGCAUCGUCAAAGUGGAGCCCAGGCCAGCCCUGACCCAGGAGCGGCUGGAGGGGGUGACAACCGCCUCCACCUUCGUGCUGGACCAGCCCCGCUGCACCUUCAAAGACUUCGGCAACGCCGUCAUCUGGCUGGUGGUGACCCUGGACAAGGAUGCAUCCGCCUUCAACGACAGCGUGGGGCCGGGGACUCCCGAGACCGCAUUCCAGAGCUUCCCUAACCCCGUCAGUGCCUACAUGACCCUGAACGCCACCCUGGACAGCUACCCCUGCCCCAAGCCCGCCGGGGACAUCACGGUGCUGCGGGUGGGCAGCGAGACGAGCUGUGCCAAGGAUGCGUCGAGACCCACGUGCAAUGGCCCCCUGCCCGGGCCCGGGCCCUACCGGGUGAAGUUCCUCGCCCUGGAGGGCUCUGUGCCCGUGGCUGAGACAGGCUGGUCGAUGCCAAUCACGCUGAGGACAGCCAAAUCACCCAACAGCAUCCCCACGGCGAGCAGCGGGCACAGCGCCGGCAUGAUCGCCAUCACCACCAUCCUCUCCAUCCUCCUCGCCAUCCUCCUGGCCGCGCUGGUGGCCAUGCUCGUCUUCUGCGGCUCGGACUCGUGCGGCAGCAGCACCUUCAGCAAGCCGGAGUCGGUGACGGUGCGGCGCUACAACACCCACCACGUCUAUGACCAGGCGGCCGCCCGGCUCUGAGCCCCCGCCGCCCCUCCCGCGUGUCCCCGGUGCCGGGUAAAUGUCACCCGCAGCGCUCCCUCCCCGCACUGACCCCGGCCCGCAGCGCUCCCUCCCCGCACUGACCCCGCCCACCGCCCCUGGGGACGCGGCCGGAGCCGCCACCCGGAGCGGGACAUUAAAGGCUUUUCCCAUGCUUG